UUGUCAUAUUACACCAAGUUGACCAAUGACUUCCUCACAAACAAGCGAGUUUCUGCUCUUGAGCUAGACAUUAUUAUUGAAAUUGAUCCAGAUACUGAAGAGAUGUUAAAAGUCAGCCAGCCCACUCCUGCUUUUGUUGGAGAAAGGGCACCCCCAGCUGGUUUGAGGACAUAA